CAGUCCGGCCGCGGUGACCCGAGGCUUUUCUCCUGGUUUUGGUCGUAAGGCGGGUUUAAAUUGAACUGUAACGGUUUACGGGCCGGACCGGAGACAGAAACGGUACCGGAAAUGCAGAGGCAGCAGCUCAAACAGCGACUGGAAGAAAAACAGAAACAUGGAUUCUGGUUUUAGCUCUGCCGCUCAGAUGGAAACUCCGGGUGUUCAGGAGCAGCUGAUUGUUAAAGAAGAAGCUGAUGAAGAGCAGAGUCCUGGUGGAGACCAGCAGGACGCAGAGCGUCUCCACAUCAAGAAGGAGGAAGUCUGGAGCAGUAUGGAGGAUGAAGAGCUCAGUGUGAAGAAGGAGAUGGAUCCUACCAGGUUUCCACUCACUGUGGUUCUUAUGAAGAGUGAGGAUGAUGAAGAUAUACCUCUGUUCUCUCAGCUUCAUCAGACAGAAGUUGGAGAUCUUCCAACCAGCAGCUCAGCUGGCCAGAUGAAAGCAGAAAGGGAUGGAGAGCACAGUGGAGGAGCAGAGUCCAGCAGGAACCCAGACACUUCCAGCUCUUCAGAGACGGAGGUCAGUGGGGAUGAAGAGGAGGAGGAGGAGGAGGAUGUGAACCAUCCUGGUUCUCAUCUGAAACACCCACCAGACUUUGGCUCUGAAACUGAGGACAGCGAGAACGACUGGAAGGAAACUAGAGCUGCAGAGUCAGGAGGAAACGCCGCCAACAAGUCGCUGAGCUGCUCAGAGUGCAGUCAACAGUUUGGUAACAAGCGCUCCGUCCAGAGACAUGGCUCAAAAAAAACCGUUUGGCUAAAAAUGUCGACUCAGCAAACAUCCAGACUGAUUCAAAAGGUUUUACCUGUGAUGACUGGGGAAAGGUUUCAGCCUAAAAAACUCCUUAAACCGACACCUGAGAAUCCACACAGGAGAGAAACCAUUCAACUGCGACGUCUGUGA